GGGGCCUUUGUCCGGCCCGAGCUCCACUUCCUGUCCCCGCCGUUGGCCCUGUGACCCGGAUGCACCGGGAGCGCCAGAAGUGAGACGCGGGCUCCCUGGCAGCCAGGAGAUGAAUCCGCCUGCAUCUCUCCUGCCUGGAUCGCCAUAGAUUUGCAGAGGGCGUCCAUGCAGGGUCACGGGAGCUCUGUCACCCGCGCCUGGAGUCUUUCGGACAUCCGUCUGCAGGUGCGCGUGCAGACCGGGCGCGGGAUGACAAAAUGAGCUGUCUGUGCUUCUGUCUUAGAAUAAGAGGAAUGAGUCACCCAGGGUGUGCUCGUCCCCUCAGAGAAGAAACCUCCUUGGUAUCCAGAUGGGAAUUACUCCAGUUUUCUGAUACUUGAGUAAAACACAAAAAUGAGACCUGGAGUUUGAAACUGGUGAACGAAUUGAUUCCGUCUUGUGUAGCAUUAGAAAGGCAAGGCAAGCAGUCACGGCCUGCAGACCAGAGGCUUUCUGUUUCCAGUAACUGGGUGAACAACUGAAUUUAGCCUCAGGGGGUUAGCACAAAGAAGGAAGUGGUCAAAGGGGCUGAGGCUUCAUUUGGACCAUUUUCCUCCAGUGGUUGCUGUGAGUUCUGAUGUCACCAGUUGAAGGGAUAUCCAUAGACAGAAAAGGUGGUGGUGGUAUCAUUAUUUCUGUUGCUUUUGCCCUGCUAAAAAUAAAUAUUAGCUUCUAACAUAUAUGUCCUAGAAAAUUCUAAAGGUUUUGGUUAAAUUACUUGUUAUUUUAUGUGAUAAAAUAGACAGGGAAGUGGGUUACAUAGAUUAAGAUUCUACAAACCCUGAGAUUUAAAUUUUUGGGGGGCAAUUUUAGGAAAAACAGAAUUGUAAAUACUUAGUAGCACAGAGAUCAGAAUCUGCAUAGCGCCCUCUCCCUGCACAGACAUGCCCAGACUGCCUCUCCUGUAGCCUCACUCAGGUCUGGCCUCACCCUGGAAUCUCCUCCGAUAGAGUUAGCUAGAGAGUUAAAUCAGAGAUUUGGGUGGUGACUCCUGUUGCCUCUCCAGAACUGAUAUUGAUAAUUUUCUGAAACCCCAAAGCAGAUAAAUGGGAUCAAAGCACUGUCUGUUUUGGGCCUUAAUUUUUUUUUUUUUUUUUUACUAACACCAGUGCUUUUGGAGAUAGCUCAUACAGCAACCUGUUUCUCAGUCCUGUGGGCCUAAUAGCUGCUUCACAAGCCACAGGAAAGUGAAUGUAAACACGGCAAUGGAAAAUGCCUCUGCACUAGACUUCUCCCUCUGUGCGUCCACUCCGUUGGUCCACAUGGAGCUUUAUACACUUUUGAAAAGUCAACGGUAGAAAAACAAAAAGAAAUGCAAAGCCUGGGCCGUUGGUCUAUAUCUUGACAGUUGCGGGACACUUGGUGCCAUCACCCAGGCUGUGACGGGCAUUAACUCACAUGACGUGAGGCGCCCAGCGCAGUGCUCUGGCGCAUGUUCGGAGCACGCAGUGCCUGCUUCAUGGACACUGCAUUCAUAUGUGUGUGCAGCUUUCAGAUGGAGACAGAUUCAGACAUUGCUUCCUUCUCCAGCCCUGGAAAACUGUAAAGAGCCAUAAAAUAACGUAAUCUUUCAGGCUGGAGAUGGGCCGUUUCUAUUUGCACCAGAAAGAACUUGUGCCGUGCUGUGAUUUGUCCAGAGAAUCUUACCUAAGAGGAAACUCCAGAGAAGCAGGAGAAAGAGAAAGAAAUGGCUGGUGCUCAGAAAGUGUUGACAUUCAGGGAUGUGGCCAUAGAAUUCUCCCUGGAGGAGUGGAAAUUCCUGGACCCUGCACAGCAGAAUUUGUACAGAGAUGUGAUGUUAGAGAACUACAGAAACUUGUUCUCCAUUGGUCUGACUGUCUCUAAGCCAGGCCUGAUCACCUGCCUGGAGCAAAGAAAAGCACCAUGGAAUCUGAAGAGACGGGAGGCAGUAGACGGACAUCCAGAGAUGGGAUUUCACCAUGCUACCCAGGCCUCUCUCGAAGUCCUGGGCUCACGCGAUCUGCCUGCCUCAGCCUCCCAAAGUGCUGGGAUUACAGGUGUGAGCUGCCACGCCCAGCCUGGCUUUGAGGAUUCUGUGGACAAACUCACUGCUAUGUCCUCUCAUUUUACCCAAGACCUUCUGCCAGAGCAGAGCAUACAAGAUGCAUUCCCAAAAUCAAUACUGGAAGCAUAUGGAAAUUGUGGCCUUGAUAAUUUACAUUUAAGGAAAGACUGGGGAAAUUUAGAUGAGUGUAAGUUGCAAAAACAUUGUAAUGGACUUAACCAGUGUUCAUCAACUACCCAUAGCAACAUCUUUGAAUGUAAUCAGUGUGUUAAAAUCUUUAAUAAUUUUUCAAAUUUACAUAGAUACAAUAUAACUCAUACUGGACAGAAACCUUUCAAAUGUCAAGAAUGUGGCAAAUCGUUUGAAAUGUUCUCAUUCCUAACCGAACAUCAGAAAAUUCACACUGGAAGAAAGUUCCAAAAAUGUAGAGAAUGUGGCAAAACCUUUAACCAGUGCUCACACUUUAUAGGACAUGAGAACACUGACACUGGAGAGAAACCUUACACGUGUAAAGAUUGUGAUGAAGUUGUUAAACCGUGCUCAGUCCUUACUAAAAACAGAAUUUACACUGGAGGGGAACAUUACACAUGUCAAGAAUUUGGCAAAGUAUUUAACCAGUGCUCCCACCUGACUGAACAUGAGCGUGGUCCUGAGGGGAAACCCUACAAGUAUGAAGAGUACAGCACUGUUUUUAUCUCCUGCUCCAGCCUUUCUAAUCAGCAGAUGCUUCUUGCUGGAGAGAAACUCUCCAAAUGUGAAACAUGGUACAAAGCUUUUAACCACAACCCAAAUCUUUCCAAACAUCAGAGAAAUGAGAUUGGAGGGAAACCUUUCAAAUGUGAGGAAUGUGACAGCAUCUUCAGGUGGUUCUCAGACCUUACUAAACAUAAGAGAAUUCACACUGGUGAGAAACCAUACAAGUGUGAGGAAUGUGGCAAAGCCUACACCCAGUCCUCACACCUCAGUGAACACAGGAGGAUUCACACUGGAGAGAAGCCCUACCAAUGUGAAGAAUGUGGGAAAGUCUUCAGAACUUGCUCCAGCCUGUCUAAUCAUAAGAGAACUCAUUCUGAAGAAAAACCCUACACGUGUGAAGAAUGUGGCAACAUCUUUAAGCAGUCAUCAGACCUCACUAAACAUAAGAAAACCCAUACUGGAGAGAAACCCUACAGAUGUGAAGAAUGUGGAAAAAACUUCACCCAGUCCUCCAACCUUAUUGUACAUCAGAGAAUUCAUACUGGAGAGAAACCCUACAAAUGUGAAGAAUGUGGCAAAGUCUUUAUGUGGUUCUCAGACAUUACCAAACACAAGAAAACCCAUACUGGAGAGAAACCCUACAAAUGUCAAGAAUGUGGAAAGAACUUUACCCAGUCCUCCAACCUCAUUGUACAUAAGAGAAUUCAUACUGGAGAGAAACCCUACAAGUGUGAAAAAUGUGGCAAAGCCUUUACCCAGUUCUCACACCUGACUGUACAUGAAAGCAUUCAUACCUGAGAAAAAAUAUUUAAAAAUAGGCAAAGCCUUUAGGAUCUGGUCACAUCUUUACAUCAGAGUUUUUAAUAAUAAUUUCUUAAUAACCUAAUAAAGUUAUUAUAAAUGUAAUGACUGUUGAAAGCCCUUUCAUGAAAUACAAGUCUCCAGAGCGCACACGAGUUUUUCUUCUGAAAAAAAAGGUUAUAUUUUAUGCUAGAUGGAAACCUUGCAUUAGUUGAUUAAACUUUAAGAGAAUUUGUAGAGAAACCCUACAAAUGUCAUAAAUGUGGAAUAAUAUUCAAAAACGAUAGCUUAGAAAACAGAGUUCAUACUAAAAGAUAUUUUUCAAAUGCAGUUAAUGGGAAAAAUAAGCAAAAUCAAAUUUAAGUAAACAUUGGAGGAUUAGAAAGACAAAGGAAUAGGGCACCGCACUUUCAGAAAUGACACUGAAUCACAGCAUCAUGUCUACAGAGCAAUCUAGACUUGAAAUAGACCCGUCGUUUAUAUUUAAAAGGAGGGUGAGACAAUUUUUGUAGUUUUAAUUACAUUCAAAAUACACUUUUUUGGAUUGAAAAACCGUUAAAUUUUUUGAAAAGCGAAUAUUGAUGUUAUUCAACUCAUCAGUUGAUGCUGUCUUCAUUUCUAGUGCUGGUGUGAAAACACAUGCCCAAGUCCUUUUGUGGCAGGCAUGCACGGUUGAUAUACUUGUCCAUGAAAGGUGAAAGACACUGAAAUGUAAGAUGCGUGCGUAAAAUCUUGGUAGAGAGGGUCUUUGUGGUUGUUUUAUAUACUUGUAAGUGAUUUAUGAGAUAGGUGUUUAGAGUAAUACCCUUCUGCACUAUAGGAAGAAGGAACUAUUUUGAAUUUUGUAAAUAGUUUUACCCGUAUUUCAUUAAGGCAACAUACCAUAAAUUUUGAAGUCUUUUUAAAGAUUCUGUGCGAAGUUAAUUUGUUUUUAAUUAAACACAAUUGUGUUAAGCCUGAUGUUCAUGGAAUAAAGUGUCAUUCUACCAAAAA